CGACAUCGUCGUCGUAUUCCUCUCCUCUCUUCCACGUCAACCUCCAACGCCCACGCCGCCCACCACCAUCCCACAACCGUUCUAGUGUCUUUCUCUCGAGCCCAGCUUGCCAGCACCCAAGACUCUAAUCAAUGAGCCCGCAAUUUGUCAAUCAUAAGCUUCCCUGGAAGCUCGACUUUCACCUUCUCUUCUCGUCUAGCACCCCGUUUGCUUCACUCCACUUCCCCAACACUUGGCCUUCCUCUAGCCCUUGGCAUACACCCAUCUUACUCUCUUUGGAUUGUCCAUCUGUCCUGCGAGGACUGUUACUCGUCUAUUAGCGCCCUCGACUUGCGUCUACGUUGCCCUGAUCCCGCCCGCAUACCCUCGCCGCUGAUAGCCAUGUCCAGAAGUAGCUUCUCGGCGCGACAAGGCGACGCCGAAUGGGAUGCGAACAUGCUGGAUUGCUGAUAGGAUGGACGACGAGGUUGAGGUGGUAUUCCUGAUCGGCCGCGUCUUCCUUUUAACACACCGCGUUCCCCUCUCGAUCGCAAUCAACUUUCUCCUCUCCUUGUGCUUCACCAAAAUCUACUACUUUAGGCACGCCUGAUCCCUCCCUUGCACUUGGUGCUUUAGGGCUUCUGAUCCUAUUGUUCGAUCUACCUCAGCCUUUUGUUUCUCGAAGGAUCGCAGUCAUACUAGUAUCAUUCUUUGCUCGAGGACUGCGCCAAAGAACAAAGAGAAUACUUGCCCAGCAUGGCGACUGAAAAGGAUGUCCAUGAUGGUGUCUCGACGCCCGAGACUACCCAAGUUCAACCCGAAAGUCGUACUGAGGGCUUUCCGAGGAAGCCUGGGAACGCUAUCGGCGAAGGCCAUCUCAGCCAUGGAGGUGCGAAACGCGACGAAGACUUCUACACCCGCAAUGGACUCAACUUCGAGUCCUUCAAGCGCCGAGACUAUGGACAUGGCAUCGUUGAGCUUGACCGUACCAUGAAGACUCGCCACUUGCACAUGAUCGCUAUUGGUGGUUCCAUUGGUGCUGGUUUCUUCGUCGGGUCCGGAGGUGCUCUGGCUACCGGUGGUCCCGGCUCCAUUCUUCUCGAUUUCUCGAUCAUUGGCAUCAUGAUGUUCAAUGUUGUCUACGCUCUUGGUGAACUCGCUGUUAUGUACCCUGUGUCCGGUGGCUUCUACGUAUACUCGACUCGGUUCAUCGACCCUUCUUGGGGCUUCGCUAUGGGAUGGAACUACGUCUUCCAGUGGGCUAUCGUUUUACCGCUUGAGUUGACGGUUUGCGGUUUGACAAUCAACUACUGGGAAGGGGCCAGAGAUAUCAGUCUCGCUGUUUGGAUCACGAUCUUCUGGGCUGCAAUCACCUUCAUCAACAUUUUCGGAACGCUGGGAUAUGCCGAGGAAGAAUUCUGGUCUUCACUUCUUAAACUCUCGGCCAUCGUAAUCUUCAUGAUUGUGGCUCUAGUGCUCGUGUGUGGCGGUGGCCCUGCCGGUGGUCGCUACGAUGAGUACUGGGGUGCGCGAUACUGGCACGACCCUGGCGCAUUCAAGAACGGCUUCAAAGGAUUCUGCGCCGUAUUCGUUACUGCUGCAUUCUCUUUUGCUGGUACCGAGCUCGUUGGCUUGGCCGCUGCCGAAUCCAGCAACCCCUUGAAGUCCUUGCCCGGUGCCAUUAAGCAGGUCUUCUGGCGUAUCACUCUAUUUUACAUCCUCGGCCUUUUCUUCGUUGGCCUCCUCAUCAGCUCCAACGAUGAGAACAUUCUUGGUGCCGACAACCCUUAUGCUGAAGGUACAUCGCCGUUUGUGUUGGCUGCCAAGUACGCUGGUCUGAAUGGAUACGAUCACUUCAUGAAUUCUAUCAUCCUGGUUUCAGUCCUCUCACUGGGAGUUUCGUGCGUCUAUGGCGGCUCCCGUACUCUGACGGCUCUUGCGCAACAGGGUUAUGCCCCCAAGAUCUUCACCUACGUCGACAAGUCAGGCCGUCCCCUGCCAUCGGUUGCUGUCCACCUUGUCUGUGGCGCCCUUGCCUACAUCAACUUGGACGCUAGUGGUGAGACGGUCUUCAACUGGCUUCUUGCCAUGUCGGCACUCGCUGCUCUAUUCACUUGGGGAUCCAUUUGCCUGGCUCACAUUAGAUUCCGCAAGGCUUGGGCCUACCACGGACAUACCGUCGAUGAGAUUCCUUUCAAGGCAGCCUUUGGCGUUGCCGGAUCCUGGGUCGGCUUGAUUCUUUGCAUCCUUGUACUCAUUGCACAGCUCUUUGUUGCCAUCGCACCCGCAGGUCAGGGCAACAAGCUCAACGAUGCCGCUGGAUUCUUUGAGGCCAUGGUUACUGUCCCUGUAAUCAUUGUCUUCUGGAUCAUCGGCUUCGCCUGGAAGCGCACUGGCUGGCUCCGCACUCACCAGAUGGACGUUGAUACUGGACGCCGCGAGCUUGACUGGGAGGAAAUGAACCGCUACAAGGCUGAGGUUGCUUCUUGGCCUACGUGGAAGCGCAUGUACAACAGAUUCUUCUAGACCUCUGUGAGCGCCACAUCCAAAGACACGCCUGUGUUUUAUUUGUUCUGCAGGGAAAGCAACAUCUCGCGGCUCAAGAUACGAGGAGCAAUCUAGGCGAAGUUUGAUUUCAGUAUUCUGUACUUAGAUACCACACGCAGCUUACCGCCUUUCUCAACCUGACUUUUCAUCAUCGUAAAGCUCAAAGGUUCCUGUCUCAUUCGUAAAAUCUUACUUGCCC